GAUAAAACAACCCGAAAAAUCAAUCAAACCCCUCCUUAUUGAGGUUUUCCCCAUCUCUCUUUGCAAGAAGAAAAAUUAGGGCAGAGAAGAAGGAGAGUAAUGGAUCGGGAAUGGGGUUCGAAGCCUGGCAGCGGAGGCGCUGCCUCCGCCCAAAACGAGGCCAUUGACCGUCGCGAACGGUUGCGCCGACUUGCACUGGAGACAAUCGACCUCGCCAAGGAUCCCUACUUUAUGCGCAAUCACCUCGGAAGCUAUGAGUGCAAGCUGUGUUUGACACUACACAAUAAUGAGGGGAACUAUUUAGCUCAUACACAAGGAAAACGCCACCAGACUAAUUUGGCUAAGAGAGCAUCUCGUGAAGCUAGGGAAGCUCCCGCUCAGCCUCAGCCUCACAAGCGCAAAGUAUCUCUUAAAAAAUCAGUUAAAAUUGGGAGGCCUGGAUAUAGAGUAACUAAGCAAUUUGAUCCGGAGACGAAACAGAGGUCGCUUCUCUUCCAGAUUGAAUACCCAGAGAUUGAGGACAAUACCAAACCAAGGCAUCGGUUUAUGUCUUCCUUCGAGCAGAAAAUCCAACCGUUUGAUAAAAGAUAUCAGUUUCUUUUGUUUGCCGCCGAACCUUAUGAAAUCAUUGCUUUCAAGGUUCCAAGUACAGAGAUUGACAAGUCAACGCCCAAGUUCUUCUCACACUGGGAUAAGGACUCAAAAAUGUUUACGUUGCAGUUGUACUUCAAGACAAAGCCACCAGAAGCCAACAAACCUCAAACUUCGUCUGCACCCAAUGGAGUGCCACCCCCACCACAGGCUCCUCCUUUGCCACCACCACCACCUCCUGCAGGAAUUCCACGAGGCGCUCCCCCACCUGGUUCAAUUCCUCCCCCACCUAUGGCUAAUGUUCCGAGGCCUAUGCCUCCAGGUGGGGCCUUACCUGCCCCUCCCCCUCCUCUUCCAGUUGGUGGCCCAAUGGCUAAUUUCACUCCAAGUAAUCAAAUGGGAGGACCCCCAAUGAUGCCUCCACAAGCUUUCCAAGGGCAACAAAUGCAAGGCUAGGGAAUUCGGCAACAUACCUCCAUCCUUGGCUGUAUAAAGAAACUUUUCUGUUUCUUUAAAUCUCUGUUUUUUUCUUUUUGAGUCCCAAUGGCAUUGAAUUUAGCUGUGAGUCUAGACUCUAGAGAUAGUAGACAGCUUCGUUAUGAGCUGAAAUUUACUUGUAUUCUGUUGCCGGUUAUUCAAGGGGUCUAGUGAAGUAUUUUGUGAAAUGGUAUCUGCAUUUUGGACAGCUCUCUCUCUCUCUCUCACACGCGCGCGCACACGUAAUAAUACUACAUCUACGAAAGUAAUUUUUA